AUGGGUAUUUCCAGGGAUUCUAUGCACAAGAGGCGUGAGACUGGAGGAAAGAAGAAGGCAUGGAGGAAGAAGAGAAAGUAUGAGCUUGGUCGUCAAGCUGCUCACACAAAGCUUUCAAGCAACAAAACCAUCAGGAGAAUUCGUGUCAGAGGUGGAAAUGUUAAGUGGAGAGCUUUGAGGUUGGAUACUGGUAACUUUUCCUGGCCAAGUGAAACUGUCACCCGCAAAACCCGUCUACUUGAUGUGGUUUACAAUGCCUCCAACAAUGAGUUGGUGCGUACUCAGACCCUUGUGAAGAGUGCCAUUGUCCAGGUUGAUGCUGCUCCUUUCAAGCAGUGGUACCUUCAACACUAUGGUGUUGAUAUUGGAAGGAAAAAGAAAACUGCUGGCAAGAAAGACUCCGAGGAGGCUGAAGCUGUUACUGAAGAAGUUAAAAAGAGCAGCCAUGUUCAGAGGAAAUUAGAACAGCGCCAAAAGGAUCGCCAAUUGGAUCCACAUAUUGAAGAACAAUUUGGUGGUGGAAGGCUGCUUGCUUGCAUCUCUUCCCGCCCUGGACAAUGUGGCAGAGCUGAUGGCUACAUUUUGGAAGGUAGAGAAUUGGAAUUUUACAUGAAGAAGCUCCAGAAGAAGAAGGGAAAGGGUGCUUCAGCUUGA